GUGCCACCUGAAGCACCGAGUCAUGCCGAAGACUGGCAACAAAUUUUCGCAGAUCUCGAAGAGGUGGUUAUAAAUGGCAACACGCAUUGGCAUCAUCCAAAUUUUUUCGCAUAUUUUCCAACCGCGUGUUCAUAUCAGGCGAUAAUGGCCGACAUUCUUAGUGGAGGUUUGGCCAGUAUAGGAUUCACUUGGAAAUCGUCCCCGUCGAUGACCGAACUGGAACUUCGGAUGACCGAUUGGUUGGCUAAAGCUUUUGGAUUGCCUGCAGAUUUCUUGAAUGACCACAAUGGUCCAGGAGCUGGUAUCAUUCAAAGCACUGCAAGUGAUGCCACUUUUGUCGCGAUACUCGCAGCUAGAGGGCGUAUGGUUGAGGUAAUUAGUUGA